AUGACUGCCUCUGUCCAGGCACCUACAACAGCCGCGGUCAACCCAGGGCUUGUCACAACGCCGCAUAUCAAUGAUGGCGUUGCGCGUAUGCCAUCCGCGGAGCUUCCAGAGGUUCUCAAUGACGGCGCUGUAUUCCCAAGCGCUGCUAUGAGCGAAUUCAGUGGCAUCUCAGAGGACCCAUUCAAUCUCGAUUCUAAGUUCGCCUACAGUCCGCACAAGAUGAAAGUUUUCACUAUCGGUGCUGGAUUUUCGGGGCUUCUCAUGGCCCACAAGUUUCAGCACAGAUUUCCGGAAAUGCGAGACCUUGUCGAACAUACUAUUUUCGAGGCCCAUAGUGAGGUCGGAGGAACCUGGUUAAUGAACAACUAUCCCGGCGUCCAAUGUGACGUUCCGGCCCAUAUCUACGCAUUUCCUUUUGACCCCAACCCGAACUGGAGUCGGUUCUACGCUAGUGGGCCUGAAAUCCUUGAAUAUAUCAAGAGCACUGUGAGAAAAUGGAACCUUGACCGUGACCUGCAGCUGAAUACGCGGGUUAUCGACGCUCAAUGGCAGGAAGCCAAAGGCCAGUGGAAGGUCACCGUAGAGCAUGAAGGAAAACAGCGCGAAGAGCACUGCCAUGUUCUCAUUUCUGCGCAAGGCGUCUUAGUGCAUGAAUCAUGGCCAGACAUCCCUGGCCUGAGAGAUUUUGAAGGCCACAUAACACACUCUGCCCUUUGGGAUCAUGACUACGACUAUUCCAACAGGAAAGUUGCCGUGAUUGGCAAUGGGUCAUCUGGAAUUCAGAUCGUUCCGCAGAUGCAAAAGCUACCUGGAACCGAUGUCGUGAACUUCAUUCGUGGUCAGGCUUGGGUUUACUACCGCGCUCCUCCAUCAAAACAUCUCGGUCGGGACGAUCCUGACCCAAACCCAAAGUAUACAGACGCUGAGAGAGAGAUGUUCCAGGACCCCGACUAUCAUCUUCAACACAGGAAAGGCAUUAUCUCAAGGACGAAUAAGUCAUUCCACAUCUUCAUGAAGGGAAAAAAUAACCAGGAGGGAACGAAAUUGGCAGCUGCCCAAAUGGCCGAGAAGCUCAAUCAUGAUUCCAAGCUCUGCGAUAUGCUCAUUCCCAAAUGGGAAUUGGGAUGCCGUCGAAUCACCCCUGGGCCCGGCUACUUGGAGUCUUUCUUACAGCCCAACUGCGAUGUUACCAACAGCCCUAUCACCAAUAUUUCCAAGAGGGGUGUCCAUACCGCUGACGGCAAGCUCUAUGAGUGCGACGUCAUCGUCUGUGCCACUGGGUUUGACGUUUCUCAUCGCCCAAGGUAUCCGAUUGUUGGAAAGAAGAAGGUGGAGUUAGCUACGAGAUGGGCUGAUGACCCUGAUUCGUAUAUAUCGGUAGCUAUCCCCGACUAUCCCAACUACUUCAUGAUGAUGGGACCCAAUUGUCUUGGCGGCCAUGGUUCCUUAGUCGAGUCUCUCAACUGGACUGGAGAUUACUUUGUCAAGUGGAUCAAGAAAAUGGCAACUGAGGAUAUAAAGUAUGUCGAGCCAAAGCAGGAAGUUGUGGACGCUUUCAUCAAGUACAGUGAUCAGGUCCAUAAAACUCUUGUUUGGAGUGGUGGAUGCAAAAGUUGGUACAAAAGGAACCGCGUCGAUGGACGAGUCACGGCACUGUUUGGAGGUAGCGCUCACCUCUUCAACCGGAUGUUAAGUGACAUUCGAGCCGAAGACUUCAACAUUUGCUAUCGCACAUCAAAUCCAUUUAGAUUCAUGGGUAAUGGUUUCACGGCGUGGGAAAUGGAUUCCAAGAACGAUCUGUCAUGGUAUGUGGAGAAGGCAGACAAAGUCCCGGACGCUUGCGCCUCAUGA